AAACGAAGCAUUAAUUUUCUAGGCUACCUAAACUGGGUGGACCGCAGAAGCUUCCCGUCAGGAAAAAUAAAGACCUUACUUGGUCAAGUCCAACAAUUAAUUUUCUAUGACGGAAAGAUGUGAAAUGCGAACCAAUUUAGCUCUAUUAUAAUUUAAAUCAAUAUUAACUUCCACAUCUCUCUUGUCUGUCUCUCAACAUGGCGCUUCAUCUCUCUCCAAGCUUCUGUUUAUUCUCCAUCACCAUAACCUUCAUCUUAGUCCAUGUUCCAACAUCUGUGUCAGCCAUUCAUGCGAAAUAUGAAAACUGUAUCGCCCCUUUUCGCUGUGCAAACUUGGAGAAUAUUGAAUAUCCUUUCUGGGGAGCGAGUAGGCCAGAGUACUGUGGGCACCCGAGUUAUCAUUUGGACUGCGAAGGCGAGGUUGCAGAGAUUAGUAUCAUGGAGACAAGCUACAGAGUGAUUCAUAUCAAUAACUCUUCCGGCACUCUUACAGUAGCUGUAGAGGAUUACUGGAAUGACAUUUGUCCCUCAAACCUUGUCAGCGGCACUAUAAAUUCCAGCUUCUUUAAUUACACUUCCGAUACAGGAAAUAUAACGCUGUAUUAUGACUGCCCUCCUCUCGUGAAAGACAUUUCGGCCGCGCUGCUUCCCUUUAAGUUUAAUUGUAUCUUGGAAGAGACAGACACCAAUAAUUACUAUUUCAUAUGGGGCAACAACAGUGUCAAUAGAAACAUCUUAUCUUCCAUUACCAAUUACUUCGAAAGUUGUGGUACCAACGUUACUAUUCCGGUGAGACAGUCUGCAUUUCUUUUCUUGGAGACAAAUCCAGCUUCGGCAAAAGUGAGUACCGCUCUUAAAGGGGGUUUUGAUUUGCAAUGGUACGCAAAUAAUACCUUAUGUGACCAAUGUAAAGACUCAGGUGGACUGUGUGGAUUUGACACAGAUACUGAUAAAUUCACUUGUUAUUGUCCUGAUAAGCCUUAUUCCUGGACUUGUCCCUCAAAAAGUACAUCCCAUGUCUUUAUUCAUUACUUGUCAUCCUGAGUUUCCUUAAUUUUGUUGAGUUAGGGGUAUUUGCUUUUAGACAGACCCAGGUUCAGAUGAGCAAAAACUUGAAACUUGAUUCCGAGCAUUGCAUAUUCCUCAUAUUGAUGCUAUGUUGUUUCGUUUUUAGAUAAUUUAUUAUAGAAGGGAGUAACCUACUGGAAACACUAAUCAAAGUUUUAUCGACUUUAGGUUGUAGAAAAAUCUCCCUUUUGUUCAAAGUGUUGACCUUUUCCACCAAAUCCAGAAAAAAUAACUAGAAGACAGGAUGUUUUGUUUUCCAUUUCCGUGUUCUUUGCCCUCUAAAACUCUUAAAAGCCAAUCCUCAAAGUUCUCUUUUUCUCACUGAGAGUGUUGUCCAGCAAUCCUCUGCCUGUUGUUUUAGGCCCCUGAAUUCAUAGCAGCUCUUUCCGUGGACGUUCUCAUUAUAGAUAACUCCAACUAGACUGAUGUGGUUUGUGCUUUUUAUUUUUUAACACCAAAACUACUGUUGGAGUUGUCGACUACUUCAGCAUUAAUGGGUAACGGAGACGCACUUGGAGGUCCCGCUGCUCGGUCAGCUGGCGGGUGCCCCGCUCCCCGGUGAGCGGGCGGGGGUCGCGGGGGCAGCGCCCCCGAGCCCGUAGGCGGUUUUGGGCUUUUCCAUGUAUAACCGCUGUAGGAUUCCUUUUAAGUUAUUAAUUCC